CAGAUCAGCACUACUUGAGUAUUGAAGUCAAGCUUAAGUGUUACCUUAAUCAUAAAGGAUUUCAAGCCUUCUCUUUCUAUACAGAUUCUAUCUAUUUCUAUAAGGAGGAUUUCUAGCUUCUUGAAAGACUUUGGAUAAGCAAGUGACAGGACAGAAUGGCAGAGGACAAAACAUUUAAGCAAGAGAUACAGAAUAUAUUUGAAGCAGGUAAACAUACACCACUUGACAAACUAGUGUUCACUUACAAGGGUGUGUUAUAUCCCAGUGUACCUUGCAACAUUGAUAUAUUUCAAGCAUUGGAAUCAUUUGAAGCCAGAAAUGAUGACAUCUUGUUAGCUUCUUAUCCGAAAUGUGGAAGUAACUGGACUUUGCAAUUACUCAGUGACAUGAUAAAAGUUGCUUACUCUAGAAAUGCACUAACAAAGAUUCCAAUUCUAGAAUUUGCUGCUCCUGAUAAAUUUGAGAAGCUAAAACAAGAAGGCUCACCCAGACUCCUGUCAACACAUCUGCUGUAUGAUAAUAUUCCCAAAAAUGUUUUUGAAAAGAGAGUAAAGAUAGUGUUGGUAAUUCGAAAUCCAAAGGAUACAGCUGUGUCAUUUUUCCAUUUUUACAACAGUAACGUACUGUAUCCCACCUACAAUUCCUGGGAUACCUUCUUUCAAGACUUCAUAAGCGGAAAAGUUGCUUGGGGAUCCUACUUUGAUCAAAUGGUUGCUUGGAACAAACACAUUGACGAUGACACUGUAUAUAUAGUAACAUAUGAAGAGAUGAAGCAGGACUUAAAGGCAGCAGUAAAGAAGAUGGCAGGUUUCCUUGGGAUUUCUCUGAAUGAAGAACAAGUACAGCAAAUUGCUGAUGAUGGAACAUUCAAGUCCAUGAAAGAGAAAGCCAAAGAAUCAUAUGGAGAUUUUGUGCCAGUGUUCUUUAGAAAAGGGGAAGUUGGAGACUGGAAGAAUUAUUUUACAGAAGCUCAAAACCAAGAAAUUGAUGCAAAAUUUGAAGAGUACUUAGCGGGAACGAAACUGGGAGAAAUGAUAAAUUAUAAUGUAUACUGUAAAUAAUGAAUGUUUGAUGGAAUAUAAACAUCCAAUCAAUGGCCUCUGUUCUAAUCCAAAACACAUUGUCAUAUGAAAACCUCUGACUUUAAACAGCAUUAUUUAAAUUUGAAAAGAAAACAAAAACUUACUUUUGUGUAGGAAAAACAGGAACAUCUGGUUAACAGCAGCAAAACUAAACAGUAAACAUCAGGAUUUGCACCGCAUUCACAGAAGCCAAAUAUAUGUGAUCAAUUUGACAACUAAUUAAUUCAGUAUUGGUGUUUACAGCUAAAUGUGUUGGAUUGUAUGUUUUUUUCUUAUAAAUAGCAAUUCAUAACAAGUUUUAUUUGAGCUAUAUUUGACUUUUAAACGUGAAUGAAGCAGGUACAAAACAUUAUAUACAGUAGAAUUGCAUAAUCAAGAAAUAUAUAAUAAAAAAACAUAUUGCAAUUACACUAACUUUCAAUUUUAAAUGAGCAGUAGACUAUUUUGAUUACUUAAUGUCCUUUAAUUAAAGUUAACUGGUUAAAAA